AUGGAGGACUCUUUCAAGAAAAAGAAAAUGAAAAGAUGGCUUCUUCAAGUUUUAGGCUCCCACACAACCUUUGUUGCUCUUCUUGUAUAUGUUGAUGACAUAAUCCUCGCUGGUCCAAAUAUCAACAUUCUUCAACAACUACAAACAUCCCUUCAGGCCAAGUUCAAGUUAAAGACACUCGGGCCCCUCAAGUACUUCCUUGGAUUUGAAAUAGCCCGUGCUCAGUAUGGCCUCUUCCUUUCUCAAUGCAAAUACACUUUGCAAUUACUUGCUGAUACAGGAUACACUAGUAGCAAACCUGCAAAGGCACUUAUGGAUCCCAAAAUCCGAUUGACUGACCAAGAAGGAGAUGUCUUGAACAAUCCAUCUCACUACAGACAAUUAAUUGGCAGAUUAUUAUAUUUGACUCUUUCACGGCCCGACAUCACUUUUGUCGUGAACACUCUUAGCCAAUUCAUGUCUUGUCCCCGAACAACUCACCUCACAGCUCUUCAUCAUUUAUUGCGCUACUUGAAAGGAACACCAGGCCAAGGAAUAUUGUAUUCUUCUUCAUCUUCUCUUCACCUUCAAGGUUUUUCAGACUCGGAUUGGGCUACUUGUCCUAUAACAAGACGGUCGACAACCGGUUUUUGCAUAUUCCUAGGUGACUGUCUCAUAUCAUGGAAAACCAAGAAACAACCCACUGUCUCCAAAAGCUCUGCCAAGGCUGAAUAUCGCGCUUUGGCUGCCACCACAAGUGAGUUAACUUGGUUACAAUAUCUCCUCAAAGACUUACAAAUCCCUCAACCUACACCUGCCUUCAUCUAUUGUGACAACCAAUCUGCCAUUCAUAUUGCCAACAACCCAACUUUUCACGAACGAACUAAACACAUCGAGUUGGACUGCCAUUUCGUUCGAGAAAAGAUUGCACAAUCUGUCAUCCGCCUCAUUCCUGUCAGCAGCAAUCUCCAGCUUGCUGAUGCGUUCACGAAGGCCCUACCCUCUACAACUCUUAAUUCUCACUUAUCCAAGAUGGCCAUACAUGACAUAUAUGGUCCAUCUUGA